CCCAGACCGUGUGACCGAACCAGGUGUUGAAGUCCGUUGACCCGUAUCUAUCAGUACUUGCAAUUGCAAUUAUAAUAGUCUGCCAUUCACCAAUGACUUUCCCGAGUUCUCUUAUCGAAUACCCCCACAUUUCAGAUUCCGCCCUCCUGCCAGUGCAGUAGAAAAUGCCUGAAAUAUUCGGUGAACCACUUGACUCAGCGAUCCCUGACGAUUUGACGCUCUCCCAGUUCUUCCUCGACUCCCACCAUCCACGUAGGCCGGUUCGAACUGAUGCACCAUGGUUAAUCGAGGACGACACCGGGAGACGCAUUGGAUUUGAGGAGAUCCGUGCACGAACCUUUGGAUUUGCAAAUGGACUUGUGCUGCGCUAUGGUAUUAAAGAAGAAGAAGUCGUCCUUAUUUUUAGUCCUAAUCAUGUUGAUUAUCCACCUGCUAUAUGGGCUACGCACCGACUGGGUGGCAUUAUUUCCGGCGCGAAUCCAACAUAUACAGCGGAAGAACUCUUCCACCAGAUCCAGGUUGUGAAGGCAGCCCUACUAAUUGCACAUCCGUCCUCCCUCCAUACGGCUCUCGAUGCUGCACGCGCAGCUGGGAUGCCUUCUGAUCGAGUUAUUACUUUUGGCGAAUCAACUCAACCUACUGUGGAAAGUAUCAUUCAGCUUGGACUCAGGAACGAGCCUGCCUUUGUCGAGCGAAGAUUGAAGAAGGGCGAGGGCAAGACCAAGGUCGCUUUCUUAAACUUUUCCAGUGGUACAACAGGUAAACCCAAGGCAGUAUCCAUUGCACAUUAUGCACCCAUUGUCAACGUCAUUCAGAUAGCGCAGUACACAAAGGUCAACGAGAACUAUGCUCCUUGGGAGGAGCAGCGGUUCAGACCAAGUGAUAUAGUCGCUGGAGUGCUUCCCUUCUUCCAUAUCUAUGGUCUUGUAUUCUCCAUUUACGCGGUGCCGUUUUUUGGAAUGUCGCUGGUAGUCAUGCCAAAAUUCAGCUUCACAGAUUUCUUGAGGAGCAUAGAAAGGCAUCGUAUCACUCACCUGACACUCGUUCCGCCUCAAAUUGUACUGCUUUGCAAGCAUCCAGCAGUCAAAAACUAUGACCUGAGUGUCAUUCGAUUCUUGAUCUCCGGAGCUGCACCUCUUUCAGCUGAAUUGGUGAACCAGCUCAUGAAAGUAAUCCCCAACGCCCAAAUUGGCCAAGGUUAUGGGCUGACCGAAUCCUCUACAUCAGUCACAAUGUACUCGGUGGAUCAGAAAAUAGGUAUUCCGGGUAGCGCUGGACGAUUACUCCCAGGUGUAGUUGCCCGAGUAAUCAAGCCUGAUGGUUCCCUGGCUGGCUUCAAUGAGCCAGGCGAGUUGAGAGUGAAGACGCCUUCCUUGGCGUUGGGAUACUGGAAUGAUGAACAAGCAACAAAGGAGACAUUUGUUAACGGAUGGCUUUGCACCGGAGACGAAGUUAUUAUACGUGAAGACAAGGAACUUUUCAUUGUCGAUCGAUUGAAGGAAAUCAUGAAAGUCAGAGGAUUCCAAGUAGCUCCUGCCGAGCUAGAAGGUUGUAUCUUAGAUCACCGUGACGUCGCAGACACGUGUGUCGUACCCAUACCUGACGACUACAGUGGGGAAGUUCCAUUGGCGUUCGUCGUGCUUCGUGCGUUCACUGCGGACCGUGUGAGAAUAGACUCCCGCGAAGCAGAUAAAGUAAAGGCGUCUAUAAUGAAGCACGUCGCAGACAACAAGGUCGCAUAUAAGCACCUAGCGGGAGGCGUGGAAUUCAUAGAUGUCAUACCAAAGAAUCCAAGUGGAAAGCUACUACGGCGGGUGCUUCGUGAUCAAGCUCGGCAAUUAAGGGCAGGAGAGCUCAAAGCCAAGCUGUGAUAUGUUUUUUUUUUUGUAAUGACAGCAUAAGCCUUAAUUUACGUAAGUUACGAGCUCCGGGAGGGUAUUUAUAGAUUGUCGGGAGCUGUUGCACCUAGACUGAACUUGCUGGCUCAGAGUCGCAUUCAUUUCUCGCUCGCAUGAAACUUUUGCCUACCCACACGUGGUACUCCCAUUGUUUUUUUCAUCAUGAUGAGACAGAUACAAAAUAGUACAAUUCCAGCUGGCUGCCAGGGGCGUCCC